AUACUAACUAACAAGCAACUAUUGUAUUAAUCUUCAUUUCUGUGAUUUUAAUUCCAACUUGCAACAUCGAAGCAAUGUGUUCUAAUAUAAACUUUAAUGUUAUAGCCGCGGUUAGUGACAAUAGGGGCAUUGGAGACUGCGGCGGAGUUCCCUGGCGUAUAAACGGGGAAGUAGCCUUCUUCAAAAUGACCACAAUACAAACUAGGGAUCCUAAGAAGAAGAAUGCAGUCAUCAUCGGCAGAGUUUCCUGGGAAUGCAUUCCUCCCAAAUACCGACCACUGGAACGGAGAUUAAAUGUCAUAUUGACAAGAAAUGUUGAUCAAUUUAAGCAAUCGGUGGCAGGUAUUCCCGAUAUAGAAGUUGCAGAGAGCUUUGAUAAAGCUCUUGCAAUAAUAGAGCAACAUCCCAACAUAGAGUCGACGUGGGUGAUUGGUGGAGGAGAAAUUUAUAAGCUCGCACUCGAACAUCCUAAUUGUAAUCGAAUUUAUAUAACAGAUAUUAAAAAAACCUUUCAAUGCGAUACGUUCUUCCCGGACAUAGACAUGUCUAAGUUCAAAUUGGCGGUAGUGACCACUAAGAAUGAACAGAACAGCAUCGAGUUUUAUCAUAACAUUUUUAAAAAAAUACCAAAUGCUGACGAUGCUCCAGAGAAUUAAGAAUUACGGUCUACUAAGAGAUGAAUCUGUUUAAAUGUUCAUAGCUUAUCAUAAUGCUUGUAUCCUAUAUGUGCUUAAAAUAUAAUUUCUUCCUUAUAUUUACUAUUAUACUUUACAUAUAUUGUAACUGAAAUGAUUUGGGAGUGAUUGCCACAAAGAGUUUCUUGCCACUUCUUAUUAAAGCUCAACCCUCAAAGGAGGUGGAUAUAAAAAGAAAAGUCAUUUCCUUGACCUGCCUGAAUAAGGUGAUUUAGAUUACAUUACCCUAAAGGAUUGAGCUUUUGAUUACUGUUAGUAAAAAUAUAAUAUUAAUUACAAGUUUAAGCAGAAUUGUCAAAUUGUAAGUAGAGGUAUUUGGUGAGCAUUUCUCGAUAUGUAGGAUUAUAUGGAUGUAUUAGGAUUAUUUUAUUGUUGUUUGCUGAGUUCUCGUAACAGGUUUCAUCGUGCUCGCUUAAAUGUCACUGCUUGUGGCGGCGCCAUGGGACGGGUCAUCCCCUUCCCUAAAAUAUGGUUGAGGGAGGCGAUGGCUGGCUCAUGCGUCAUGCUCGUGAACGGGCGCUGCUUGUCGUGGCGGGAUGAUCCUGUUGCCGGGGACUCGGUUUCAGAUUCUUAAAAGUUAUUGUGUAUAUAUAUAUGUAUGGAUAUAUACAUGUUUAUUUAUUUAUAAUCGCUUAUAAAAUGCUCACAGAAUACCUUUAUUGAUUUAUGGUGUAUGUGGAUGAUGCAGCUACUGUACUCAAUAACUUUUGUAUUAAUUUACAUUUAUUUUUUUGACUUACUCGUGUAAGAUAUUGACUAUUUGACGUUUGAGUGUGUUUGUUGCAUCAUUUUACAUAUUAUAUUGUAAUUGAAAUGAUCUGUAAAUCUUGAUAUAAAAGAGUGGCAAUGAGUUUCUUGCUACAUCUUCUCAUUAGCUCAAACCAUUACGAAGUAGCGGUAGAUUCAAUAAGAAAAAUAUUUUAUUUUUUUUGACAUUCAUAAGUGUCAUUUUCGUGACCUACUUGAAUAAACUGAUUUUGAUUUGAUUUGAUUUAUUAAAUAUUUAAGAAAGUAA